AUGGCAUCAGAUGACAAGCUCUUGAGGCAGUGGGUGUCAGAUCAGCUGAUGACACUGAUGGGUUACUCUGAACCUUUAGUGGUCAAGUACAUCAUCCGAAUAUGUAUGUAUUGACGACAAGAUGACUAGUUUUUUCAAAGCUUAUUCAUACACUGUUCCUUUCCUAUUCUGAGUCAAAUGCCUGUCAUUUUUGCAGCCAAGGAGGCAUCAUCACCUGCCGAAAUCAUUAGCAAGCUUGUAGAGUCUGGAGCAUCUCUAUCAGCUGAGACCCGGUCGUUUGCUGAUAAGAUCUUUGCUAAGGUGCCACAUAAGCAAAUGGGUUUAAGUGUAAGUUUCUACCUGAGUCAGCAUUACUGAGUAAUGGCCUGAUUUUAUCUUGUGCGUAUUCCCACCUGAUGUAUUUAAGGCCAAGCAUACUGUCAAGUGUUUAUCUCGUUUUUGAGGAUUAUAUUAGCUAUGGUUUUCUUAGUACUUGCAGACAUUUGUAGGUAGACAUGUAGAAAAAGGAUUUUCUAAAGUCUAUGGAUUUGAUGUAGAUGAUGCCCAUUUUCUGACUAUUGAACAUUUGCUUUACUAUCAAGAAUUUAGGAACCUGGAAAUUAUGUGGCCCGUGGGCAUGGAUUGUACACUGCAUGUAUCUAAUCUAUGGUAUUCAGCAUACCUCUCCAAAAUGUUUGGUUCCAUGUCGUUAGAGAAAAAAAAAUAUAUUUGGGACCAUAUGAUUGGUUUGAAGGGUCUGGGCCUUGGUUUUCCUUCAACGUGGCCAUUGCUUGAAACUUUGGGGUUUAUCCAAUGUGCAGGCUUAAUCAGGUUGAAGGACAGUUAUAGCACAGUGUAAGGGAGACAGCAGUCCUGCAAACUCUGGGGGGUUGUCUAUGCCUCAAAAAGGGGUAGACAAACCCCUUAAAGGAAAAACUAGCCAUCGACAACUGCAGUUUGAUCAUUGUUUUGAUCUGGAUAAUAAUGUAUAAUAUUGUUUUUGAGGAAAACAGCCCUGGUGUUUGGAAAUUUACAACUUAUUUUAAGUUUUUUCCUUCUUUUCUAUAAAUCUUUCAUAAAACCUGUAGAGCUAUGUAUUUGAUUGGCGGAUGCACUAUAAUUGAGUGAUGGAUGAUGAUUGCUUUUAACUUAAUCAUCAAAAUUUUGAUUUAUAAGCUGAGUUAUACAAGGAUAAGAGUUGUGCUGAAGACCAUGUCCAGUUGGGUUUUUAGCUUAUCAUUAGGUUCUGAGUGCAGAACUUAUCUCUGUCAAUCCCCUUGAAUUUCAGUAAGUGAUGUGGGCAUAUCACAAUACUAAAUGCUGAUUCUUUGCCAUAUCAGAGCUAAACAUGGGGUGGACUGAUUCGUGGGAUUUUAUGAGUGCCACUUUUCUUUUCUCGGAGUUUUGGUAGAUUUGCGCCCAUCAGGUUCUUGGUUAUCUUUGAAGAUGAGCUAUAGUGUUUGAUUCAUUGAUGGAGUGGAAAGGUGAAGGAAGGGUUCACCAGCCAGACCUCGGCAAGAAGAAUCUUUCUGGGAAAUUGUGCUUUAAAACUGUAUCUUUAGAGCACAGAAAAAACAUUGCCUAUUUGAAGCUUGUAUACGCCUUUUGCGAUAAGCUCCCAGAACCUCAUAUAGUUUGUUCAUGCAAAUGACAGGUGUUAAAACGAUCUUAAAACAUGUUGAACAGUAAAUGCUUAACAAGAUAGUUAGUGAUAUCAGAUGAUUAUUUGGGCCUUGACUCUGCAGCCCCAUGCAAGCAUGUGGUGGCCGAUCUUAUUUAACUCCCUGUGCCAUCGUCUACAUUUGCUUUUUUUUCCACUUUGAUUGCCAAUCGCAACUGUCGAAAUUGGAUUUCUCCUUUACCCACUUUUCCUCUGAGCUCUUUCGCUUGGUGCACAUGCAUUUCCAUUUCUGAGUAUAGCAGAAGGAUUGGUGGGUUGGUACACGUGCAUUUCCAUGUCUGAGUAUCGCAAAAGGAUUGAUCCAAAGGUCAAAUCUGACAGAAUGACUUCAAGUUGGUCCAAUUCAAUUUGGAUUAUGAGAGUUCAUGACAGUGGUGGUAUUAGGUCUAUGAAACUUAGCUCAUGUUAUUUUCUGCUGGGAGGAAUUAUAUCUAGGUCUUCAUCAAAGUUCAGACAGAGUUUCGUUGUUCAUUCAUUAAUGUGUUGACUUGGUAUUUAUUUGUUGACUUUCGAAUCUCUGAUAUGAGUAUUUAGUAUUACAACAUUAAGUAUCCGUCUAUGUGUUUUAUAAUGUUUUUUUUUUAACUUGCAACAGAGUUACCAGAAACAAGAAAAAGAAGCUGUUUCGUUGGUGAGGAAGCAGAAGACCUAUAAACUUUUGGAUGCUGAUCAUGAAGAUAGUGAGAAUGUGCCUGCAAAAGUUACUACUUCUCAACCAGAAAAGUCUGAUUCCCGCAGGAAGCACUUUCGGAGAAAGAGUGAAGCUCAAGAAAUUGAAGAUGAUGAGGCAUAAUCUUUAUUCUCAUUGAUAGGAUCACUUUUUACUUGAUGCGGUAAGACAUGAGAUUUAUCAUCCUUUCAAUGUUUCCUUACUUUUUGUUUGAUUUCGUGCGGUGUUGCAGGUACAAGUAAAAAUGGAAAAUGUGAGGCAAGUCCGAAGACGCACUUCCCAAAGUGAUGAUGAUGAAGACGGUUAUGAAGUAAGAUCUCACUCCUUUUAUCAAAAGUUGGUGGCUGAGUGUUCUUUAUUGAAGCCCAGGGCUGUAGAAAAACUUUCCCGUCAUGCUGCCGCUGCUGCUGCUGCUUCAUCGCUAGAUAUCAAGAAUAUUUUUCCUUGGCCUAUUUUGAAGUUGUUUGAAAAUUAUAAUUCUACACGAUGGAGUUUCUGGCGCGUGGAAGCAGGGUUUUUUGAAAAUAAAAAGUCAGGCGCUGUUCUGUUCAGCUUAUCUAACAUUUCAUUUCUUUGUGUCGCUUGUAGAAAUCUAUUCUCUUGUUUAUUCAGUAUGGAAAUGCAGUUAUUUCACCAGAUUAGACCUAUAAACGUUUGUUUGCUAUCCUAAUACCAUUUCAGUAAUGUUAGAAACAAAGGUGUACUCCAUGUUCCUUUCAUUUUCUUUCAGAAGAUGCCUGCAUCAUCUCCAUAUUCUAUGUUGCCUAAUUUGUCUUAUGGAUAAGUAGAAAAUUCUCCAUUUUGCUCCAAAUGCACUGACCAAAUCAGAGUCUAUGGUGUAGGAUUUUCCUUGCUUAUCUGCCCUUGACCAUCAAAUAAGCCAUGUGGAUUAUCAUUGAUAAAAAGGCUUUAUUUAUGUUAAAAAAACCUCUAAUUCAACUUUCCUUGUAAUGCUACAUGAGAUUCUGUAUAAAAUCCCAAUUCCAACUUUCGUUAUUCUUUUGUCAUAACGAAUUUUGAGUUCAUAUGCCAAUGCAGUCAGAAGAAGCAAUGAGGCGGGAUCAAGAAGAGCGAGCACAACUUGAGAGAAACAUUAAAGAGAGGGAUGCCGCAGCAACCCGGAAGGUAUAUUUGACGUUGUCGUUGUUUUUCUUGACGGUCAUCCACCUCCACUAUUUUCUCAUGUGCAUGUCAAUCCUUUGGUUCCAAAAUGUUAUUAAAGAUAACUAGUCUCUAUGCCACGAGGAGAUGAAAUGUCUUGGGGCCUAAGUUAUUGUACCGUUUUGUUUUUUUUAUCUGUAUUGAAUGUGUUGUACCACCCUCUUUCCAAGAAUAGAUAUUCAAAAAGUAGGUGAUCCUACUUUAUAAAAACGAUGGUUUGCUCUGAUUUUUUCCACUUUAAGUGAUCGAUGUGAGCAUUAGGAUUUGAAUUAUCGUCCAUCAUUAUGAUGUCUGUGGAUUUUUCUUUGACAACCACAGGAAAGGUUAAACGAUUUUUUUUCAUGUGACAGUAAUUGUCUUAGAAGGAUACUUGUGCAUUUCCAUGGAAUUUAUGAAUAUUUUGAAUUCUGUGCUGCAUGAAAAAAAGUGAUGUAUUCAUGGUUCUUUAAGGGUAUUAAUGAAAUUGAAAAUAGCCGUGUUAAUCAUUAGAAAAAAUGUGUAAGAAAUAACUUUAACAUUAUUUUCCCCUUGUGUGUUAAAAUGAACGGUUAGACUUAAUCCCACAUUUACUCUUAAUUUUCUGUGCAUCAUUCGCCGAGUGGCUGUUUAUGAACAGCUGUUUUCGUUCUUGAACAGUUCCUAGGAUGCUGCCAUUUGCAAAGGCUGUGGCAGUGAAGCAGACGCUAAUACUUAGCAAAUAAUUAAUAAUGAGUUAUUCAAUCAUUUAAUAAUUGCAUGAUUCUUUGUUUUUUAUCUUAAUAUUUUCUUCUUAUAUAUUAUUUAAGUGGUGUUUAAAGCCUUGCUUUCUCUAGCAGAAAGUAGUAUCCAGAGCAUUUGUUAGCCAAAGUCCAUUGAACGGAUUUGAUUUACAUAAAAACGCCAACAAUCCCUUUUUAUGCUGUCUUCAUUUGUUUUGAUUUUUCUAUCCGUUGUUUGUGUUUGAUGUUGUUACUUACAUGUGGGAUUUUAUUUCUGAUUUUUUUCCUUUCUUAUUUUUUUAACAGUUGACUGAGCAGAAAUUAUCAAAGAAGGAGGAAGGUAAUAUGGCCUGUAGUUAUGUCAGUUAUUUUAUUUAAUGUUUUUUUUUUAAAGUGUUCCGAAAUUAUAUUUAACUUAAUUCGAAAAUGUAAUGCAUUUGUUUCCAGAGGAGAUACUUCGGAGAACAAAGGCUUUGGAGGAAAAUGACAUUUCUAGCCUAAGGUGAUCAUUUGAUCUCCCUUGUAAUUAUUUGUGGCAAUGCUUUUUCUUCCUCGACAAUUGAUAGUUAAUACCUUGCUAUUUGCAUGUUAGAAUGGCAGUUAUAGAAAUUAAAAUUCAGGAUAAGAGGCUAGAUAUUUGUAUUUUUGUCAGAAUACAAAUGGGAAAUUUCUAUUUACCCUAUAGUCCAUUCUGUCAAGGGACUAGAACCUAAAGUCUCCCUUGUUGGUGUGGAUCAAAUAUUUCACGUCAAAUGCCAAUUGUAAAGGUACACCAUGUGACCCCUAGUUAAGAAAGGUCGCGUGGAAAGAUGAAAUCAAUGAAUUGUGACUAUUUUGAACUGCUAGUUUUAUCCAAUAAAUUUGUCUCUUUUCCUAAUUAUUGGUCAAUGUGUUCGGCCAACUAUUUUUGGCGAGCUGCCUUGGGGUCAACUUUCAGCAAAUUGGCGCUGAGUACCUGUCCCAGUUAAAUUUUGACACGGGUUUGAUGAGGUUCAUAGGAACAAUGUAAAGAAUAAGCGUACCAAAUAUCUGUAAGUAUUGCUAAGUGAAAGGAGCAUACCCAUGCCCUCCCCCACACCCCUCUAGCGUGCUCCCACAUGCACAGACCCCAUAAAAAAAGUAUAAUACAUUCUAAGAUCCGAGCACCUCGAUGUAGAGGAAUAAAACCUUUGCUCAUCACCGAAACUCUUUUCGCCGCUUUCUGCCUAGAAAAAUGUAGAAAUAACUAGCUUUCUGUGAUGCAACUCUGUUGCCUUGUAGUUCGAUAAUUUUAUAAUUAUUAAGCUUAGGAGCAGACGAGAUAUAGGAGUCAUGACUCAAGAAACUGAUUGCAAACAUAAGACUUCAUGUGAUGAUGAAAUUGUAGGCUUUUUGCUGUUACAGUUAUUUUCUGUGCAUAUAUCUUUGUGCUGACUCGUCAUUCAAUGUCUUCUUUCCCAGAAAAGUUUCAAGGCAGGAAUAUGUCAAGAAAAGGAAAGAGAAGAAGCUUGAGGAGUUGAGGUAUUUUUGUGCUUAUUUUAUUGCAAUGUUUCUCCAAAUGCGGACCUGCUGUAUUGCAUGGUUAUUUAUAACUUCUUAUAUUUUGACUGUUUAAGGGAUGACAUACUUGAUGAAGAGUAUCUUUUCCCGGGUGUUGAGCUGACUGAAGCUGAACGACAAGAUAACAGGUAGAAACUAUUUAUUGCAUCUAUUUUCAUUUUUUGGUCAAAAGACAUUCAUCAUACACUGUACUUGUAAAAGUUUUUUGGAAAUUAUGCUUCCCCUCUUUUCUUGUUCUUUUUUUUAGAAUGCUUUUCAUGAAAGUUGAUGCGAAAACACCUCAAGUUUUUCCCUUUUGAGACGAAUUUAUAUAUCUAAACUCUUGAGGGGGACGUUGGCCGUAGUUUUUGAUUUCUCUAUUCGGGGAUUAAGGAUCUUGGGUGGUGGUAAAGGAGAGGCUGUACGGACAGGGUUUGCUUUCUGUAUCUUUCGCUUUUCCGAGUGUGGAUUUGGAUCUUGUUGUUUUCUGCGGGAGUUGCUUUCGAUUUUACUCGUCAUAUGGCUUUAUUCUUUUACAUGGCAUUUCAUUGAUGUUUAUGUGAAACUGAUAUUCUACUUUUCUCCUUUAUCCGAAAUAAAAUUUUAUUUUCACUGAGGGAUGUGCACACAUGCAAUGAGUUAGUAGAUAAUUAAAUUUCAGUAAUGUGGUAGCUAAAGACUUGGGAACUUGCCUCAAUAUUUCAUGCUUCAAAAGUUCUGUUUCAGAUUCUUGCGAUUCAUAUUUUUCGUUUAUCAUUCAAUAGUCACCGUUAUUUUCGUUUUCUGCUUUUCAGGUAUAAAAAGAAAAUUUACGAGCUUGCAAAGAAACAUGCAGAGGAUUUGGAUACCAUUACUGAGGUAAUUGACGGUUUACGUUAUAUUGAACUGUGAUCCAGUGCAUUUUCUGUCACUUUUGGGGUCAGGGAUGACGAUUAAUAAUCUUUUGAUUCGUAAUUUCUACUCUUAGGAUUGGUUUAUGAUUUGGUUGUCACUGUUAUUUCCUUUAAUAUUCUGCUACAGUAUUUCCUACAUAUAGAUAUGGCUUCAUUAGGUUUGUAGUGCUCAGGUAUCAGCGUUUUUUAUGGCGUGAAUUAUUCUGUGCAGUAUAGGAUGCCUGAAGCAUAUGAUCAAGAAGGGGUUGUGAACCAAGAAAAAAGAUUUGCUGCUGCAAUGCAGCGGUAUAGGUCAGUUCAAAACUCAUGUGCCCACCAUCUCUUGUGUAUAUAUAUAGCGAUCGUUGCAGAUGUUCAAUAAAGGUGAAAGAUAAGCUUUUUUAUUUGUCAUGCUUGGAGUAGUUGUAAUAUCUUUUUUUUGCAUGGUAUGCUGAUUCAGGGAUGGUGGAGCUGGUGAUAAGAUGAACCCUUUUGCUGAGCAGGAAGCCUGGGAGGAGCAUCAGAUUGGUAUCGAUUUUUUUCAAUAAUCAUAUCGCUUUGUUUUUUACCGCUCGUUGAUUUUAUGAUGCAUGUGGAAUUUUUUUUCUUUAUUUGUUGGCAUGAAGUUCUAUCUUAUUUCAGGAAAGGCAACUCUAAAAUUUGGGUCAAGGGAUAGAAAGAAAGAAACCGAAGAUUAUCAGUAAGCUUUUUCUCUGCUAUUUUCUGUUUUUUCCCACUUUUGUAUUGUAUGGUUAAAUGUUUAAUAUGUUUAGAUUUUUUUUGCGGAAACAGUGGGAAUGAACUGUUUUAUUUAUGGGUCAUAUGCUCAUCUUUCGAUUCUUUUAAAUUAGGUAUGUAUUUGAGGAUGGCAUCAAUUUCAUCAAGGAGUCUGUGAUGGAGGGGAUCAAGGUAGGUCGAAUGGAAUUCUUGGACUCUUCAGAGAUAGCAAUCUAUAGUAAAUGUAUUUGAGUCCCAUUGACAUAUUAUUGGUCCUUUUUUCCGUUUCUAAUGUGAAGGAUGAAGAUGAGUUGCUUGAAGAAACAUUGGAACAGUCGGCUGCCAGUUCAAUGUCACUGAAGCUUCAGGUUCAACAUUUUUUAAAUGCUGAUUUCCUCGUCUUGCUGUCUUUCAAACAUGUGGCAUGUGAUUGAUUUGAUCUUUCAUCUCGUUAGGUUUUGAUUUGUUUUCAAAUCAACACUCUUAUCCGAAGCUGUGUUCCAGUAAAUGUAAAGGUGACCAAAUAACUACUCAUUUUUUUUUAUUAGGAUGACAGAAAAACUCUCCCUAUUUAUAAGUAUCGUGAUGACCUUCUGAAGGCUGUUGAUGAACACCAGGUAUGUACAUUUGACUCGCUUGUCUGGUAUAUCCUUGCGUUUCUUUGGAAGAUGUAGGCUGAUUGUAUAGACGUAUCCCAUUAAUCAGAGUUUAGUUGAUACCUUCCAUACUAUUACAUUUCCCUGCGGGAUUAUAAAUUUCCUUGAUUGAGAUUUGCCUACUUUUUAUAGAGGUAAAAUGUUGGGCUAUCUACUUAGUGGUUGGCUGGCCCUUUAAGGAAAAAUGAUAUUUUACCAUAUUUUUUCAGAUGAACAAUGUAAUAAAUGAAAAUGGCCAGGUCGAAAAUUUGUUGGUGAAAGAUAGGAGAUUCAAGCAUGCUUUAGCGGGUGCUACAAAAAUAACUUUGAUGGGAGGGGGUGUCGACCGGAGGAGGCAACGGAACUCCUUUGGUUUCAAUGAGAAAGGACAUUACCUGUGGCUACAUUCGGUUAAACCAGGAACUUUUGGGAGUAAGGGUUGGAGGUGGAGAGGACAAAGGGGAUUCUACAGGUCCUAGUUUUUGAUUCCCGCGUGGCAGAUUUGACGCUUGUUAAUGGGUUGUUUACACUUACCCUUAAUGGACCACUUGGAAUUGGGUAUGUCUUAGAUGUUGUUAUGGAGUCAGGGCAUUUGAGCAUGGUCUGUGGAAGUUGAAAUUUAAAUUAUGGAUUGAAUUUUCGUGUCCACAAAUGUGUACUUUUUAUAUAGCUUGACCAGGAGCGAAACCUUAUCAUUUUUCCUGCAUUUUAAUUAAAAUUUGACCGUCUAGAACUUGUUUUUAUUUGCCUUAUUAUAAAGUGGUGAAUGACCAUUUGCUCCUUUCUAGUGGGAGGUUGCAAAGUAAAAUUUGUUUAGGUUGCUUUGUUGCCGUGAUGAUACCAUCACAGUUAUGGUUUGGUGUGACAUAGCUGAUUUUCAAUCAUCCAUCACACAUGUCCACCAUUGGUCGUUUCCUUCAUAAAAAAAUACCGGAUCCAUGCAUUAUCGCCACCCCUAUAUACAAUUCUGCCCUGAUGAGAUUUAUGGAGAAGGAAAUUGCUCAAUUUUUUGGCUGCAGAUUUGUGAGCCUUUGUAAAUUCGGCCCACUCUCUAGCAUGGGCUCCCCUUAUGGCAAGGCUGGCUAAUUCAGAUUAGGUUCCAAUUCUGGAACCUCAAAAACCGAGUGGACUGAUAUCUUUUGCAUGUGGCUGCAAGGUAAAACCGUGUGAAAAUAAAGGAGUGGAAUUGGAGGUAAGGUACAGAAAGUAGAUGGGCACUUGGAUGCCAUACACCAUGGAAGAGAACUAUAUUAUGUUUCAAACCGAAGCUAGCAGCUGAGAGAAGAAACGCUAAUAAAUAUUAGAAAAACUCAGUAGAAAAUUCCACAAAAGAGAAAAAUGAUAUUUAUGCCAAUGCUAACUAAAUGGAAAAGCAACUUGAGGGUAUCCAAAUCUUGUAUACCCCUUUAAGUCCUGACCAGUGACCAGAGCACUCUCAGAUAAGGUUAUUCAUUAGCGACUAUUGCGAGUGCUAUACAGAUUUAACCCAUUAUGUUGGAUACUAUAUCUUCUUUGGUCUGAACUGGUUUGAUUUAUUGAAAUAGAGAACAAGGAAUGAACUGGUUUGAUUUCUUUGGUCAGAAAGUAGGUUUGAACUGGUUUGAUUUAGGCGACACAAUCUUCUCGGUGAAAAAGAACAAGGAUUGAGAUAGAGAGAAUAGAGGAAGAAGAACAAUAUGACCUGGCUGCUGCAGCUGUAAGAACAGAAGUGUACAAACCUGGCCUGGCUAUCACUUCUGAAUCCAUUGCCCACUAUUUCUACUGGCAGCAUGACACAUGUUGCACGUAAAUCAGGCAAAUGGAACAGUGGUCCAAUUAAUUUGCAUGCAACCUGAAUGGGGUCUGUGCAGCAUGACCAAGGCCUUGUUGUUGAACAAUUCUCAUGUAUAUAUAUCAGGGUUCAUAUGCCGCAGACCAAAACAGACCUAGGAAGCCAAGUAUGCUUCUUUAUCAUUUUUGGAUAUCAUGUAUAGUUUGCUCUCUCUUAUUAAAUUUCAAUUGAAUUUCUGCAUGCCUUGGCGACGCGCCAUUAAAUGCUUUCAUUUCAGGUUCCUAGACUUUGCUCAUGUACCUGAUAUUGUCCUAAAUCUUGUCCUAGUUUUUUCCUUUGUGGAAGGCCUUUUGUGAAUUAAGCUGAUGAGGUGAACUGAUAUUCUGUUUGUGACUUAUAUUGUCCAUGUCUCUGCCAAAGGUCCUUGUAAUUGUUGGCGAAACCGGUUCUGGGAAAACUACUCAAAUACCUCAAUAUCUUCACGAAGCUGGGUAUACACAACGUGCGAAGGUAUGAAUUGAUUUGUCACUCGUGCCCCUUAUUGUUUUAUGUUUCUAGUAAACAUGUCAUGCUAAAUCGUGUCUGAUCAAUGGAAUGUUAGAUUGUUCUUUUGCCCAUAUUUAUUACUCUAGAUUAUGAGUCAUAAGAAAUCUACUCUCUCAAUAACCUAUGACAAGGAAAUGUUUAAUAUUCGCUUCCUUUUUUUUUUUUUUUUGGUGGGUACAUGGAAUAUCCCCCAAUAUUGUUACCAAGUAAAAGACGCAGAUCCAGAAAACAGCUUAAGUAAUAAAAAAAUUAAAAUUUAUUCUUUUAAAAGUAGCCCUUCAAGGUUGGGUCUUUCCAUGUCAUUUGUUCUUUCUGUUUAGUGGCUAAACGAUGAAGAAAAUGCCAUUCAGCUUACUUUGCCUUUCUGAUUUUGUAAGACGAUCACUCAGAGAAGUACAUACGUGAUUGACUAAAUUUUGGACGUCUAAAUCGGGGACAUGUUAUUCUGAUGAUUAGAUCUCUUUUGUGUUGUGAGGAGGACGAUUGAGAUUUUUUUUUUCUAUUUACGGAUAGCUUUUAGAAGUGCUUUAGAUUCAAGGUUGGAAUAGAAAAUAUACUUGAUUUUAUGCAAAGCCUGCUGCCAUCUUUAUUGAGUGCAUCUGAAUUAGGAUAGAUAUGCAGCAAGUCGUCAUUAUUCCUUUAUUAUGUUUCUAGUUCUUAAAGUUGUCAUCCUGACAUGUUACGGAUAUUUUUAUAAAGCAUUCUUGACGUCCAUAAUUAACUCAUUGGACUGACAUGAGGGCGUUGCGUUUGUGGACCAUUUGGAAAAUGAUUGGUGGAGUCAACGAAUUUUCCCUACACAUACGAGAGAUCAUGCAAAAGUGUAGCUUAUACAGAAGUGGACUUCACCACUUGUGUUGUUGUAUGUGGAAGUUCUAUUUCGGAGGCUUUAUAAUAACCCAGUUUUAGGUGACGGAUAACGAUGUCCCUGUGGGUUAGGAAAUACUUUGUUCCUUUUCCCAUUUGUAAUUCCGCGGUGUCAUUUUUGUGAAAUGGUGUUAGAUCUGUUUUUUAUUAUUGUUAAUAAUCAGUGUUUACCAAUUUUUUCAAAAGUGUGUAAAUCUGUAAGUGGCCUAGGAACUUAUGACAAUAAGACUAGAGAAAAUGGAAUAUCAAGAUGCUCAUGGGAUGUAAUUGACACAACUCCUGGGAUGGGGCAAUGUUGUGGUUCCUCUUUAUAUGAUAGGGGAUAAGAAUUGACGCAUAGAUUUUUAGCGUUUCUUGUUUGUUUGUAGAUUGGAUGCACCCAACCGCGCCGUGUUGCAGCAAUGAGCGUUGCUGCUCGUGUCUCUCAGGAGAUGGGAGUUAAACUUGGUCACGAGGUGAUUAGUUUUCUUUUCCAGACAAGAUAUCGAUUUCGACCUUUCAAUUUAGACGGUACAGUUCAUUCUGACUCUUGCUAUCGCAAUCAUAUUUUAUUAGGUUGGGUAUUCUAUUCGAUUUGAAGAUUGCACUUCAGACAAGACCAUCAUAAAAUACAUGACAGACGGAAUGCUGCUGCGGGAAUUUCUUAGUGAGCCUGAUCUUGCAAACUACAGGUAAUUUCACAGGUUGCAUCGUCCAAAUUUCUGUGUUUGUAUAUAUCCUCACAGUCGUGCGGCCUAAUUCGUGCUCCAUUUUGGAUACAUCAGUGUUGUGAUGGUGGAUGAAGCCCAUGAGAGAACUCUUUCCACGGAUAUUUUAUUUGGCUUGGUUAAGGUUUGAUUUUCUUCCUCUGAUGGUUAUCCGGUUUAUGAUUUUAUUCAAAAUAUUGGGCUAGCAAAAACGUGUUUCUCGUGCAGGACAUUGCUCGAUUUCGUAAAGAUCUCAAAUUGCUCAUUUCAAGUGCCACCCUUGAUGCUGAAAAGUUCAGUGAUUACUUUGAUGGGGCUCCUAUAUUUAAGAUACCAGGAAGAAGAUUUCCUGUGGACAUCCACUUCACGACAGCACCGGAAGCAGAUUACUUAGAUGCAGCUAUUGUUACUGUUCUUCAGAUUCAUGUGACUCAGUCCCCAGGUGACAUUCUAGUUUUCUUCACCGGGCAGGAGGAAAUCGAAGCUGCAGAUGAGAUACUGAAGCAUCGGACGAGAGGUUUGGGUACAAAAAUAGCAGAACUAAUCAUUUGCCCUAUAUAUGCAAACCUUCCGACUGAGCUUCAAGCAAAGAUUUUUGAGCCAACGCCAGAAGGGGCUCGCAAGGUCGUUUUGGCGACAAAUAUAGCGGAAACGUCAUUGACGAUAGAUGGAAUAAAGUAUGUGAUUGACCCUGGGUUUUGUAAAAUCAAGUCGUACAAUCCUCGCACAGGCAUGGAGUCCUUACUUAUUAAUCCCAUAUCGAAAGCUUCUGCAAUGCAGAGAGCUGGCAGGGCUGGACGAACUGGUCCUGGAAAAUGUUUCCGCCUCUACACAGCAUACAACUAUCAGCAUGAUUUGGAGGAUAAUACGGUCCCGGAAAUACAGAGGACUAACCUGGCAAACGUCGUUCUUACUCUCAAGAGUCUCGGUAUCAAUGAUUUGGUGAACUUCGAUUUUAUGGACCCGCCACCUUCUGAAGCAUUGCUGAAGGCACUUGAACUGCUUUUCGCUCUUAGUGCGUUGAAUAGCCGUGGUGAGUUGACUAAGGUGGGUCGGAGGAUGGCUGAGUUUCCUCUUGAUCCAAUGCUAUCGAAGAUGAUUGUUGCGUCUGAUAAGUAUAAAUGCUCUGAAGAGAUAAUUUCGAUAGCCGCAAUGCUGUCGAUCGGGAAUUCGAUAUUUUACAGGCCCAAGGACAAGCAAGUCCAUGCAGACAAUGCGAGGAUGAAUUUCCACACUGGGAAUGUGGGAGACCAUCUUGCGUUGCUGAAGGUUCGUUUAUCCAAUAGUUUACUUGGAUCGAAUUUCUCUACGUACAGCCCAAGUCCUAUCUUGCUCUGCUGAUUUGCGUUUACCGCUCAAAAUUAAGGUGGUGAGCAUGCUUUUUUUUUUUUUUUUUUUUCCCUUUUUUUUUCCCAGGUCUACGAGUCUUGGAGAGAGACCGACUUCUCAACCCAGUGGUGCUAUGAAAACUACAUUCAGGUGUGAUAUUUUUUCUGGGGAAAUGACACGAAGUUAUCUACUCCUUUGUACAUACGAGAUAGGCCUUUUUCUUCACAAUCUCUUAUCGUCCGAUCUUCAGGUUCGUAGUAUGAAACGUGCCCGGGAUAUUAGGGAUCAGCUCGAGGGCCUCUUGGAGAGGGUGGAGAUCGAACGAACAUCUAAUCCCAACGAGGCAGAUGCAAUAAAGAAGGCCAUAACGUCUGGUAGGGGAUACCCCAACGCGUCCAGCCACUGUCUUUCUCAUGAGCCCGCCUACCCCCCUUACAGACUUCUCUGCCCCCCUCAGGGUUUUUCUAUCACACGGCCAAGUUGCAGAAGACCGGGGCCUACCGGACUGUUAAAAACCCACAAACUGUUCACAUUCAUCCGAGCUCCGGUCUCGCACAGGUGAUCAUCUGUCAACCUCAUGGGGCAUCUUUCUACGCUGUCAGAGUCCUUUUUAAUUAUUAUUAUUUUUUCUGAUAUCCAGGUUCUACCCAGAUGGGUCGUCUACCACGAGAUGGUUCUUACGACGAAAGAGUACAUGCGGCAGGCAAGUCUAUGGAGGAUCGUAUAAUCCUCCUGUUUUCUGUGAGGAUUCAGACGGGCCUGAUGCUUGGCUAAAUUGCUGCAGGUGACGGAGAUCAAGCCCGACUGGCUGGUAGAAAUCGCUCCACACUACUAUCAGAUGAAGGACGUUGAAGACGGUGAGUGUUCCUCCAGAUUUAUGAUAAUAUUAGUAACUCAAUUCCUGUAAGUUGUUCCGAGAAAUGACGGGGAGCUUCUUCUGGUGGGCAGAUGGGUCGAAGAAAAUGCCUCGCGGGCAAGGACGAGCUUCAGCCGGGCCAGGUUCAAUAGAGGAGGCGGCGGCGGCGGCGGCUCACCGUUGA